CACCGGGCCGAAUUGGGAAGUAACGGUGGCCUUACCGCGUCAAGGGGCUCUGGCGUGGCGGACCUUCCUGUUCCCCAUACGGAACAUAGACCCGGCAGCUCACCCUGUUGAGCCAAGGGUCGUACGAACAAGAUGAAAAACGACAACACACAAAAAACCAACAUAAAAGCUGGAUCUGAUGACGGACUAGGGCAACGACAAAGGACAACGGUAUCGGAUAAGGAGCUGGAGAUCGGGACAGCGGAAGGUAAGGGGGGUCGAGGCGCUAGACGUAAGCCUAGAUACCUUGACGCUCUCACGCCAGAGGAGCGUUCGCUGUUCGAGGAGCACGCCAGGGAGGAUGAUGACGACGUGCCCUCUGGCAGCGGAGCUCACCUGGUGGGUACGCCUGGUGCCGCUGCGGCAACGAACGUCGGCAAGACCCCCGCCGGAGGGUGCAGCGGGUCGGCCUCUGGUGAGUCGUGUCGGGCAGAGCCUGACCGCACAAAAGAGAGAAGGAGGAGAAGGCGCAGAAGAGGUGGGCAACGCCCCCUCCCAGAAGCUGGCCAACCCGGCGAGUGUGAGGAUUCACGCAGGAAGGGGAUGAGUGGAUCCACCAUGAGGUGGUACCUACGCCACCUCCACGAUGGGAAAACCCCGGAAGCGGCGGAGGCUCUAGCCAGGGGCAAGAGCCAAUGGAGCAACGUUACCCCGGCAAAUAGACGCGGCAACAAUGUGCCAGCUCGCGCGCAGGGCAGCGGUAGCAGUGGCCGUGGCUCGGUCAGCACAACGCAGUCCAUACGGCGGGGCGACAGCAGGGCAUCGUCCGCAAGCACAUGCGCCCAGGCCGAAAAACGUAACAGCGGCCAAAUCACGCCACAGGAGCCCCCACAAUCCAAGAGGGUGCGGGGCAUAGACGCAAAGGCAGCCGGGGGCCAACCAUCUGUACCGGCUCCUCACCGGGUGGAGGAGGGGCGGCGCGUUUAUGCGGAUGCUGUUAGGGGCAUCCGCAUGGCUGUUCUGCCUUUCAAAUACCCGGCGGAGUCGCUGAAACCGGAGGAACUCACGGUGCUGCAGGACAUCCUCAUGGAUGAGGUGUGCAAAGGCGUGGAAUAUACGGCGUCCUUCCUGGGCAUCGAUUUCAGGGGAGGCAUGAUGCAGGUAGACUGCCAUGACGAGGCGUCCGCCGACUGGCUGAAGGAGCAUGCUCCAAAGCUGGGAGGCUGGACGGGCCCUGUCCUCUGCGCGAAGAGGGUGAAAGAUGUGCCAAUCAUGCACAGCAUGACAGUUUUCCUCCCUCGGUGUGGAGACAGGUCCUACGAGUACGCCUUGGGCCUGGUGAGGAACCAGAACCGGGGACUCAGUAUCUCGGCCUGGUGUGUUACCAGCAGCAAGAAGGAGAAGCUAGGGGAUAUGGAAGGAUGGAGGCUGAACUUAUACAUAGACGACGAGUCGUAUAAGUAUGUUCGGGCCGCGAGCUUCCGCCUGUUCUACAGGUACAGAACGGUCGUUAUGCAGCCCUACAAGCCAGCUGACACCGGGAGCAAGGAAGCCAAGACGCCCGCGCCUCCGCAGGACAAAGGCGUCGAUAUCCAGGCAGUGCCGGAAUCCGCCCCGGUGGAUAUAAGGAUGGAGGUGGACGAGUCGUCGGAGCAGCCCUGCGGGAGCAGGUCUGAACAGGCAGUGCCAAGAACGACCACGGACGUCCCCGAUGAUGGCCGGAAUAUGGAGCUACCCUCAACGCAGAAGCUCCUAGACGGACUUGGAGGCCCAAUUGACAGCAGCGCGGUUGACAGUGGGAUAGAGGAUCUUUCUCUCCUCGAGCCCAAUCUAUGAUGGCCGUCAAUAUGGAAAUUGCCCAAGUGAACCUGCACCAUGCGGCGGCAGCCUCAGCUGUCAUAACAAACAGGUUCACUGCGAAGAAACUGGGCACGCUGCUGAUCCAAGAGCCUUGGGUCCAUAAAGGAGAGGUAAAGGGCCUCAAGACAGAGGCAAAUAAGAGUUUCUGACGCCGGAUUUGGUGGCGGUGCAGGCUAGGGACACCGAGGGCAAUGACUUCGUCCUAGCCUCAGCAUACUUUCCGGGAGAGGCAGCAACGGCACUCCCGGAGACGGUGGAAAGGCUGGUGGAGCACUGCAGUUUGCACAAGCUCCCCCUUAUCAUCGGAUGUGACGCGAACGCCCACCAUACGGAAUGGGGCAGCACCGUCUGCAACGCGAGAGCUAUUACAAAGUGAAGAUGUGCCAAAUGAACUUCAUUUCUUCAAAGAAAAUUGAUGACCUUCAUGAAAUAUGCAUAUUCACAUUAUUUCGUUAUCAUAUCAAUAUUUGUACCAUGCACAUACAUAUGUAUGUAUAUUAUUUCUUUGGCACAUUUGUCUGUAUGUUUACGAAUCUUUCGCAUCUCCGUUGUCACUGCCAAUAAAAGGCAGAAACUGACAUUUUGUCAAAGAGUCAAUCUGUCGAAGAACUGACGCGACGACAAAGCGUCACAACAUUGUCAUAGAUAAUAUGAUACGAGACUUUAGCAUUGGCUCUCUUUUUCUCUCAAACGCGUUCCUGAUUAUUUGACAGCGAUGGAGAUCAGGGAAUUUUUAUCAGCUGAUUUCAGAAAAGGCGGGAUGCCAGAAAUAAACUGCUAUAAUUAACUGACAAAAUCAGUGUGAAACGAAAUUUCAUAGAAGUGGGUGUAUAUUUGGUAAGGAAAAUUAUGUGUAUUAAUAAUUUUGCAUUUUAAUAUUUAUAUAUGCAUUUUCAAAGUUAUUAAUUUAGUAUUUUUCUAUAAUUUGGUGAAAAUGCCAAAAGUGAGGAAGACAGGUUAGUCCAAAAGUUAAAAACUACGAGUAUUUUUAUAUAGUAUUUUUUAAAUUUAAACUUUGUGCAUGAUAUUUUAUAGAGUUAAUUAAGUUAAAUACAUAUUUAUAAUUAAAUUCUACUACGUGUGUUUAAUAAAAAUAAAUAUUUCAUUGCAUCACAAUAUUGAUUGUAGUACUUAGUGUAGAAAUAAUUUCAAAAAUUACAGUAUUUUAGUAGGAAAAUUAUAAUUAGAAUAUACUAUUCUAUUAUAUUACUUGUGGUAUUUAAAAAUAAAUAAUAGUUUAAUAAGUAGAAAAGUAUAAUAGUAUUUGUUUAAAUUAAAAUAAAUAUAAAUAAGGUUUUGGUUGUAAGGUGUAGGAUUUCUUUAUUUGUAUUUUUAUUAAAUAUUUAAUUUGGCCGAGUCGGUUGGGUGUAGGACACACCAAAAUUAAGCAUCUGUAUGCCUGUGGUCGGCACUUUUCCUUAAAAAUUAAGUUGAAAAAAAAGCUAAGGCUUAAUGCUGUUCCGGACACGCAUUUGCCAAAUGUUUGAAAAAUAAAUUAGAAGAAAAGGAAAGGGAAAUUAAUUACUUAAAAUAUCAAAUAGAAGAUUUAUCAAAAAAAUAUAAAAGAAUAAAGAAUGUAUUAAAGGAAAAAGAGGAAGGUUUGGAUAUA